UCUUCGUCUCCGUCUCCGUCUUCCUCAAUCCCAAGGACGAAAUGGCAGCGACUGUCGCCUCGUUUUUUUGCCAACAAACAAAAACAAAGCAGCGGUGAAGGGAGGGGAGGAAAGGAAACAGCAACCACAUGCGAUUAUUUCUUGGGGAUUCCGCCCCUCCGACCUAUCUAAGCGAACCAUAACCACGGGCAGCAGGACAUUAUAUUCUUCUGCCUGCCCUUCCGUUCAAUUUCAAUUUCACAUUCCUUCUCUCCUCUCCUCCUGCUGCUACUAGGUUCGGGCCGUCCGUCAUUGCUCUUGAUUUGCCCGAUUAUUGCAUCUCCUCUAGCUGUUGCCGCCGGCCGGGCGGCGGUGUGGUUGGCUUCUUGAUCUGCAUUAUUUAAUUCGGACCACUCCCCCGCCGUCCUCCCGCCCGCCUGCCGGAGAUGGAGAUGGAGAACGGGCACGCCAAGUACCGGGUGGCCGUCAUUGGCAGCGGCAACUGGGGCAGCGUCGCCUCCCGCCUCAUCGCCUCCAACACCGCCAAGCUGCCCUCCUUCUAUGAUGAAGUAAGGAUGUGGGUGUUUGAGGAAAUACUGCCUACAGGCAGGAAGCUAUCUGAGUCCAUUAACGAACAGAAUGAGAACUGCAAAUACUUGCCAGGUAUAAAGCUUGGAACGAAUGUUAUUGCCGACCCUGACUUGGAGAGCGCAGUCAAAGACGCGAAUAUGCUGGUUUUUGUGACGCCCCAUCAAUUUGUGGAGGGUAUAUGUAAGAAGCUUGUAGGGAAGCUAACACCAGGAGCUGAGGCUAUCUCCCUCAUCAAGGGCAUGGAGGUCAAGAUGGAAGGGCCAUGCAUGAUAUCCAAGUUAAUCGCGGAUACACUUGGAAUCAAUUGCUGUGUGCUCAUGGGUGCUAACAUUGCAAACGAGAUUGCUGUCGAAGAGUUCAGUGAAGCAACAAUUGGGUAUAGGAAAGAUAAGGAAGUGGCAAAUCGAUGGGCUAAACUUUUUACCACACCCUACUUCCUAGUUUCUGUCGCAGAAGAUAUUGAAGGAGUAGAGCUGUGUGGAACUCUGAAAAAUAUCGUGGCUAUUGCAGCAGGCCUUGUGGAUGGCUUGGAUAUGGGAAACAAUACAAAGGCUGCAAUAAUGAGGAUUGGUUUGCGAGAAAUGCGUGCUUUCUCUAAGCUUCUGUUCCCUUCAGUCAGAGACAACACGUUCUUCGAGAGCUGUGGUGUCGCCGACCUAAUAACCACGUGCCUUGGUGGGAGGAACAGAAGAGUGGCUGAGGCCUUUGCACGAAAUGGUGGCAAAAGGUCUUUUGAUGAACUGGAGGCAGAGAUGUUGCGUGGCCAAAAACUCCAGGGAGUGUCCACAGCAAGGGAAGUCUAUGAAGUGUUGACUUAUCGAGGAUGGCAGGAGCUGUUUCCUCUGUUAUCAACAGUGCAUGAGAUCUGUAUUGGGCAGUUGCCUCCUACAUCGAUAGUUGAAUACAGUGAGCACACGCCAAAUCUCUCCAUCAUCGGUGGUCAUACUCCAUUCUACUGAGCUAGAUACUGCUGUUUGGACUAGUGCUCCAGUAUCACUUGUUAUAAACUAAGAAAUAUGAGAUAUGUUGAAUAUCUGAAUAUGUUUUGCAUAUAAAUAUGAUUUCAGUCAUGUCACCUUAUUAGGUGCA